AUGAAUAGUCCUUUCAAUUGUAAUCAAAUAAAUAUUAAUUAUUCUUUUUCUUUUAAUAAUGAUAAUAGCAUAAACCAAGGAACAAAAACUCCUUGCAAGAAUUCUUUCGCAUCAGAUGGUAAUGUAUCAUAUGAUAAGGAAUGUCUAGAAAAGAAGAGUUUAAUCAUUAAUGAUAAGGAAGAAAAAAAUAUUUAUAUGUAUAAUAAUAUGUAUACAAAUAUGUAUAAUGAUUUACAUAGUAACAAUAAUGAGGACAAUUCAUGUAAUAAUAUGAGCUAUAAUAUAAAUAAAAUUAAUCAAAAUGAUCAUACAAAUAUGAACAACAUAUUAUUUAAUGAUAAAAAUAUUAUAGCUUCUAAGGCAAAUAUAUAUACGAUGUGUGAUCUGAAAAAUAAACAAGAGGAAGUAAAAAACAAAAAUGAAAGUAUCGUAUAUAAAAAUGAAGAAAUGAUAAAUAAAAAUGAAAGUAUCAUAUAUAAAAACGAAAAGAUGAUUAAUAAAAAUGAAUGUAUCAUAUAUGAAAACGAAAAGAUGAUUAAUAAAAAUGAAAGUAUCAUAUAUAAAAACGAUAUGAUGAUUAAACAUAAUGAUAUGGUAAUUAAUAAGAAUGAAAGAAUGAUUAACCAAAAUGAUAUGAUAAUCAACCAGAAUAAUAUUAUGAUUAAUCAAAAUGAAAAGAUGAUAAAUCAAAAAGAUAUGAUAAUUAAUCAAAAUGAUAAUAUAAGUAGGGGUGAAAUAUAUACAUAUAAUAAAAAUGAUAUGUUGAAAAAGGUACCUUCUCAAAAUUAUGUUACAAUUAAAAAUGCAAGCAAUCAUAAUUUUCAUUCUAUUGAACAUAUUCAUAAUAAGAAUAUUGAUAAUAUUAUGAUAAAUGAAAAAAAUCCUAAAGAAUACCAUAACAAGUAUAAUCAAUAUAAUAUCCACUGUGAUAAUAAUGAUCAUAUGAAUAAUAUUGAUUAUACAUAUUAUAAUAAUAACAUAACAAAUAAUAAUUCAAAUAUUAAUUUGAAUAAAUCCAAAGAAGAAUUAAAUAAUAAUAUAUCUUCCUGUCAUGUAAAUAAAAAAAACACAAAUCAAAAAUGCACUUAUGACGAUAAUAUGUAUAAUAAUAAUAAUAAUAAUAAUAAUAAUAUUAAUAAUACUUUAGUUCAUAAAAUCGUUACAAAUAACCCACCUAAAAUAUCUGCUCAAAAGUAUAAUAAUAUAAACGAAUUAGAGAAUAAUAAAGUGUUAUAUCAUUCAAAAGAAAAUCGCGAAAAAAUAAAAAAUCACAACAUUAUUGAUAUGAAUAGUAAUAGUAAUAAUAGUAAUAAUAGUAAUAAUCAUAAUAACCAUUAUCAUAAUAAUAACAAUCCCUGCAAUAAGACAAGUGAUAAUAACACCCUUUUGGUGAAUCAUCAAAUAAAAAAUACAAACCAAAAAUGCACACAAAUAGAAGAGUUAAAAAAAAAUGCUGAAAAAAAUAAUAAUAUAAUUUAUAAUAAUAUAAUUAAUAAUAAUAUUAUUAAUAAUAAUAUUGUUCUUGAUAGUAUCCUAAAUAAUAAUAUGAUGAACAACAAUAUAAUUAAUAAAAGCUUUAUGAACGCACCAAAUAAUGACAUUCAUAAAAAUAUGGUAGAUAAGAUAAUGAAUCAGUGCUUAUUGAACAGCACCAAAAAAACCUGCAAUACUAAUAAAAAGGAUAAUAUGGUUAAUAUAUUACACACAUAUAAGGUAAAAUAUAAUGAUGAUAAAAAAUUAUAUACAGAUAUAAAUAAUGUUAAUAUGAAUAAUAUGGUCAAUAAUUACAAUAUGAAUGAUCAAAGUGUUCAUUAUAUGAAACAGAAGGAACUAAAUGUAAAAGAAAAAAAUCAAGAAAAUUAUAGUCAUGUUAUAAAUGAUACUAACAAUAUUAAUUAUAACAAUAAAAUUAAUGAUUAUAAUAAUAUCACACCAAAAGGUCAUGUCGAUAAUAAAGAUACAUAUAAUUUGAAUGCUCGUAGUAAUAAUUGUUAUACUCGUAAUUGUGUUGAUUGCAAUAAAUUAAUAAAUAACCAUAUUGAUGUAUCAAAUGGUGAUAAUAUAUCACCACAUAAUGUUAUGUAUAAUUCAAUGACAAAUUUAUCAAGCGAUAAAAAGCUUAGUUUAAAUAAUAUGGAGCACUUACAGGAAGUAAAUAAUAAUAAAGAUAAUGGUAUAUACUAUAACAAUUAUGGCAAUUAUAAAGAAGGGAACAUAGCAAAUAUAAAAUAUGUAGAAAAUGUAGCAAAUAUAAAACAUGUAGAAAAUGUAGCAAAUAUAAAACAUGUAGAAAAUGUAGCAAAUAUAAAACAUGUAGAAAAUGUAGCAAAUAUAAAACAUAUAGAAAAUAUAGCAAAUACAAAACAUAUAGAAAAUAUAGCAAAUAUAAAAAGUGUUAAUUCAUUGAAUGGCCAUAAUAUCUUUGUUGGCGAUUCAAUAAAUCACCACCAAAAUAAUCAUAUACAAAACAAUACAUAUAAUGAAUGUAAAUUUUUGGAUACAAAUCUUUGUGAAGAUAAUAAAAUAUAUAAGGAAAAAGAAUAUUCUUUUUACAAAAAGAAUUAUGAAACAAAAGAACAUAUGCAGAAUUAUAAAAAUAAAAUUAUAACAAAUAAUAUUAAAAGUGAUGAUAUAUCACCUCAGUUUAAUAAUAUGUGUAAUUUAAAUUAUACAUCACAAAAUUAUGAUGAACAUGUUGUAUAUCCAAAAGAUGAUAAAAAUCAAUUAGUUCAAAAUAUACAAAGUGUAUAUGAACAAAAUAAUAAUCACAAUAUACAUAUGGAAAAUAAUACGGAUGAAAAAAUGUUCAACAAAAAUGUGCAUCAUAUUAAUGAUGAUAGAGGUGAAACGUAUUAUCACUGUGAAUAUAAUAUAUCGACAGAUAUACCAACACAUAAUUAUAUGAAUAAUUUAUUAAUUAAUAAUUACAAUGAUGAAAAAUCAAAUAAUUCAGAAGAAUAUUGCACUUCGAAUAAUGAGAUAUAUAACUCCAGUGCAUACAAAAAAGUAAACAUGGGCGUGAAUAAUAUGAACAGUAGGAAUCAUUGUGGAGAUGAUUUUUAUAGCAAUCAAAAAGUAUAUGGAGUACAAAAAGAGGAAGAAAGAAUAAUACCUUAUAAGUAUAAUAAAGAUAUUUACCAAAAAUGUAUGAUAAAUGAGGAUGAAUAUAAAAAUGAACAAGUAGUAAAUAAUUGUGAUAUCAUACAUAUCAAUAAUAAUAAUAAUAAUAAUAAUAUAGAUGUAUCUGUGCAUAGUAAUAUAUCAACAGAUUGUAAAUCAAAUAAUGAUCUUUCCAAUAUACAUAUAACAAAUGAUAUUAUUAAAUCAAACAAUUAUUCAUACACCAUUUUGAAUAACACAGAAAAGGAUAAUAAAACAAUAACGUAUGGAAAUUACUGUACCGCAAUAUUUGAUCCUGAUGAUAACAAUAAAGAAAUAUAUAAUGAAAAUACAAAUUCUAUAUAUGAUUAUUCAAAUAAUGUAAAUUAUAAAUUAGCAAAUGAGAACCAUAUACAAAAUAUAGAAAAUGAAAGGAUUGUACAAACAAAAUAUGAUAAUAAUAAUAAUAAUAAUAAAAUGAAUACUUUUUACAAUGAUCACCACCAUCCCAUGCAUGAUACAUUUUGUCAUACAAAUAAUGAAAUCAAUUAUAAUAAGAAUAUAAUAAUAAAAGAUAUAUAUAGUACGUCACAAAAUACAGAAAAACCAUUUUUAAAAGAACAACAAUUUGAUCACAGUUGUGUUGAUUCGAAUAAUUUUUGUCAUCCAAAUGAUUCUUCGUCUUAUUCUAUUUUAAAUAAUAUAUCUAUAGAAAAAAAUAUGAAAAAAAAUAAAACACAAGAAAUAUAUUAUAACAAUGAUAAAAUACAUAAUAUAGAGGAGAGAGAAAAUAUUAAUAAUUUUAAUGAGGAAUUUUUAUUUCUUAAGUUAUGGUUAUCAUCAUUUAAUAUGGGCAAAUCGAUACAUUGCAAAAAAUUAAUAUAUAUAUCGGGUGAUAAAAGAUAUAUUAAAAAAAGGAAUAAUAAAAAUAAAACAUAUCCAUUUAAUUAUAAUGAACCAUUUUAUUUUAUCUACAAAUCAAAUAAAGACAUGGCUAUGGAUCAUAAUAAUAAUAAUAUAAAUAAUGUAUGUUUGAAUUAUAUUAAUGGACAUAUACAAAAUAGUGAAUUAAAAAAUAAUUAUGAUUUUGUAAAAUAUUCACCUAACCUUAAGGAUUAUGAUCAUUCAAAUAUUAAACAUUCUGAAGAUAUUCAAAAUAUGACACAUAUUUCUGAAUGUGUUGAAUAUAAAAAUGAUAAGAAUUGUUCAAAUGAAAGUAUUACUAAUAAUAAUUAUCAUACUGUUAAUAAUAAUAUGAAUGUGUAUAAGAACAUUAUUUAUGAGGAUAUAGAAGAACCUCAUUAUAAUACAAUAGUCGAAGAAAAUGAAAAUAUUAAUGAUAUAAAUAUGAAUUAUAAUAGAUACAAUAAUAUACAAAAUAUAUGUAAUAAUAAUGAGAAUCGAGAAAUACAUAUUAAUAAUUCUGAAGAUAAGAAAGAAGGAAAUAUAUCUAAUAUACCAUCCACAUUAAAUAAGGAUAGCUUUUGUUCUUUUACAACAGUUAGUUCUACUCCUGAAUAUGAAAUAAAUAAAAAUUUAAAUCAGUUAGAAAGUUAUAUUAAUGGUUUAUAUACAAAUAGGAAAAUUGAAAAUGAUAAUAAUAUGGUCCCUAAAUUAUCUAAUAAUUUAUUUAAUAAUAAUAUAAUUAACAGUUCAAAGAAUGUCAAUCAAAAUUUAGAGGGAAACAAGAAAAACAUGAGAGCAAAAAAUGGUAUGGAUACUUUUACAAAAAUGACAUUAACAAAUGAAUCAAAUAAAAACAUAAGAAAUAAUAAAAAGGAUAAUAUAGGAGAACAAAUGAUAUCACCAUUUAUAAAAAAUGAUAUUAUAGGACAUAAGCAAUAUUAUAUAGAUAAUGAAAAUUAUAAUAAUUUACAUAUGUGUAAUAAUAAAGAAUCAUUGAAAGUAGGACCUAUUAUGAAUAACAAAAAUGAUUUAAUCGAUACAAAUAUAUAUAAUAAUAAUAAUAAUAAUAAUAAUAUUGAUCAAUUAUGCAGUAAUAACAAUUUUGUUUCUUCAUGUACCUUAAAUAAUAUGAAUGAUAAUACAUCAUUUUGUGUGAAUGAUAAUACAUCAUGUUGUGUGAAUGAUAAUACAUCAUGUUGUGUGAAUGAUAAUACAUCAUGUUGUGUGAAUGAUAAUUCAUCAUAUUAUAUGAAUGAUAAUAAGGAAGAAAAAAAUAUGGAAAAUAAUGCAAACACAAUAAACCCUGUUGUGAAUAAUAUAAGAGAUAGUGUUGUAACUGAUAUUACAAACCAUAAUGAUAAAAAAAUAAAUAAUUUCCAUAAUAAUAAUAUAUACAAAGAAGAAGACUUAGAUAAUAAUAAUAUAAAUAUAGAUCCUCUAUGUUACGACGAAGAAAUAUUUGAUGACGAUAAAAAUAUACCCAAAAUAACAGGUGUUAGUUAUGAUAGGAAACAAAAAAUAUGGGUAUCUCAUUGGAGAGCCAACUGUAAAACUGUUCAUAAAUAUUUUUCUGUUAAAAAAUAUGGAUUUGAAAAAGCUCGUAAGCUAGCUAUUAAAUGUAGAGAAGAAAAUGUGAAUUAUAUUACAACGGCUAGUAUUCUAAAUAAUAAUUUUACAAAACAUGCAUAUCCCUUGAUUAAUAAUAUUUUAAAGAAUAACGAUAUGAAUACAUAUGAUUUAAUAAAUUUUAAUUCUUCCGAUAAAUUAAAUGAGCAAAAUCAUUAUAAUAAUAAUUAUGAUUUAUAUGAGCCACCCAAAAAAAAGAAAGAGAAAAUAGAUCAAGUAAGAAAAAAUAAUAAUCAGGAAAAAAAAAAAAAGAAAAGAAAAAUUAAUCAUAAUAUUAAUGAUAAUAUGAAUUAUUAUCCUAACAACACAAAUUAUAAUGAUAGUCAACUAAGUCAACAUAUUUACCAUACUAAUCAUACAUUUAAUGAUACUUAUCAUAAUGAUAAAUAUAUAUCAACCAUUAUAGAUAAACAAAAAAGAGAAAAUAUUUCUUCGAAUACAUACAAAGACAAGUAUGAAAAUUUACAACCUUAUGAAAAGCAUCAAAACUAUAAAAAUUGUAAAGAAAAUAUAAAUUAUCAAUAUGUCUUACCAAAUAACUAUACAAAUAAUUUCUCUGAAAAAAAUAUUCAAGAUAUUUAUUUGAAUACACAAAACAAUUAUAUAAAUACUAAGCAAGAUCUAAUGAUACAAUAUGAACAAGAAAAUAAUAAUGAAGGAUCCCCUCUCCUCCCCCCACCAAAAAAAAAAAAAAAACAAAAUCCACAAAUGUUACAAAUCAAUAAAAACACAAAAAAUAAAAUACAAGAUUUUACAAAAAUAAAAAAUAAUCAAACAGAUAAACAAAUAUAUACAGAAUUAUUAAAUCCACAGUUAAAUAAUAGUACAAACUAUAUUAACACCUUGAAUAACCCAUCAAUUAAUAGCAAUAAUUAUAUGAAUAACAAUUAUAAUCAUAUGUCAAAUAAAAAAGAUCACCAGUCACAAAUGAAGGAUAUAAUAUACUAUACAAAAGAGAAAUUUAAUAAUAACAAUUAUAAUAAUAAAAAUGAUGAAUAUAAGAGAAGUGAUCUAAAAAAUUACCAGAACAUUGUAAAUGAUAAUACUGUGUAUAAUGCAUAUAUAAAUAACAAACAAAUGUGUAAUAAUAAUAAUAAUAAUAAUAAUAAUAAUAAUAAUAUUAAUUAUAAUAAUGAUAAUAAUUAUAUUAAUAAUAAUAAUAAUUAUAAUUAUAAUAAUAAUUAUAUUAAUAAUAAUAAUAAUUAUAAUAAUAAUUAUAUUAAUAAUUAUAAUCAUUCUAUUCAAGGACAAAAUAAUAAUAGCAUAACAAAAAAUGUGAACAAUAGUAAUAAUACAUGCAAUGAAAUAAAUCACGUUUAUAAUAAUAUCCUAAAUAAUUGCUCAUAUAAUAAUUUUCAUGAGAAGGAAAAUAAAAUUAUGCAAAGCAAUGAGGACAUACAUAAUAAUAAUAAUAUUACGACUAACCAUAAUUACCAAUAUGAAAAGAAUAAUAAAAAUUUUAUUGUUCCCAUACAAAAUAAUCAACAUUUUACAAAUACAGAAAGCCCUAUAAGGAAUGUACAUUUAAAUGAGAAUUAUCAGUAUGUAAAUAAUAACCACCCCACAAAAAAUUAUCAAAAGGCAUCACAAAUAUUUGGUAACUCCAAUUUUCACAUGAACCAUUAA